UUGACGCGGAGUGACGGCGAGCAGCGAGAGUGAGGCGUUCGCUGAGAGGCGUGACUUCGUGACACUUUUCCAGCUGAGGCGUGGUCGCGGUGGUCUCUCCGCUCGGCUUAGUCCGCCGCCGUCUCGUCGCCGUCCAGUUUCCUAGGACCCCCUCGUGUGGCCGCUGCGAGGUGCCUGCGGGACGUGCUCUCCGAGCCAAUGGAAACGAGGCCUCUCGUAGGCUGCCGGGGUGCAGUCGCAGGAAGUUCGGGGUUUUCUAACCGCCGCCCAGGCGCACGGUUACCAUAGAGACGAAGAUAAGCCCCCCCCACCCCCUUUCAGAGCCCCGUCCGCAUGUCAUGGCAGACGCCUGCGGAAAGUGCUCUCCUCUACCAGGUCUCCGGUCCGCGAGUCCCUGCCUUCGCUCCUCGCAUGUGUUCUGCACUUACCGUGUCCAGCUCUUCAUGGGUCCCGUCAUGCCCCCCAGCAAAAAGCCGGAAGGUUCCGGCAUCGGCGUGGCCAGCGGCCUGAGCCCCUUAUGCGGGGCGCGUACGCUCAGCCGGGCCCUGCAGGAGGCGGAGGACGUGGACGUCCCGCUGGCCAAGCCUCACAUGGAGGACGAGGAGCUGACCAACCUCAAUUGGCUCCACGAGAGCAAGAACCUGCUCAACAGCUUCGGCGACCAGGUACUCCGCAGCGUCAGCCCCUUGCAGGAGCUGGAGGACGACACGCCGCCCUCGCCGGCGCCCUCGGACCUGCCCUACGACGCCAAGCACAACCCCAACUGCAAGCCCCCCUACUCCUUCAGCUGCCUCAUCUUCAUGGCCAUCGAGGACUCUCCCUCCAAGAGGCUGCCCGUGAAGGAUAUUUACAACUGGAUUCUUGAACAUUUCCCCUACUUUGCCAAUGCCCCCACAGGGUGGAAAAACUCGGUCCGACACAACCUGUCCCUUAAUAAGUGUUUCAAAAAGGUGGACAAGGACAGAAGUCAGAAUAUUGGAAAAGGUUCAUUGUGGUGCAUAGACCCGGAAUACAGGCAGAACCUGAUACAAGCCUUGAAGAAAACCCCUUACCACCCAUACUCCCCGGUGCUGGCCACACCUCCAACAUCUCCUCAGGCAUAUCAAAGCAUGUCCAGCCCUCCUCUUUGGCCAGGGAGUCCCUUCUUCAGAAAAAAUGGGGAAGUCCUCCUGCCAGUCCCUCAGGGAGUGAUACAGAAUGGAGCACGGAUGGUCAGCCAAGGCCUGUUCCCUGGAAUCAGAUCCCUUCCCAUCAACCCCAUCGGGAGCAGGGCAGCCGUUGUGAGGUCAGUGCUAAGCGGGUACCGAAUGCGCGGCGACGGUGACCCUUCCUGUGACUCUCCACUGGUCAGCAGUGACCCCAAGGACGACCAUAAUUACAGCACCAUGCCUGGGGGCCUGACGCCCAGCGCCGGUUUAAAAGAGGAGGCCCCCCGCCCCGACGGCCAGACCAGCUUGCUCUGCAACGACACCAACAGCGAGACGGAGGAGGACGACAAGGCUAGGGUGAAGAAGGAAGCCACGGACUGGCCGAUAGAGGGUGCCGGCCUGGUCCAGCACAAGAAGCGCCAACAUUGGACCAGACUGAAACCGCGCUCGGCCAGCGACUCGCUGCCCCUGAAAAAACGGCGCACGGAAAAGCCCCCCGAGAGCGAUGACGAGGAGAUGAAGGAGGCAGCCGGCUCGCUGCUGCACUUGGCUGGCGUGCGUGCCUGCCUCAACAACAUCACCAACCGGACGGCCAAGAAGGACCAGAAGGAGUCCAUGAAAACCUGAGACUGAGGAAAGGCAAAAAUGUCACUUGGAAUAGAAUUUACAAUUAUUUGUUUUUUCAGGACAUCAGGUGAAUUCUAAUGAUUUGUGGCAAUAUCAACAAUCACUUUGUUUUCCUAUCCUUUAGAUACUGUUUUUUGAGGGUUUUUAAGUUUUGUUUUUUAUUUUCUAUUGUGUUUUUAUUUUUUUUAUUUUUUUUAAAGGAGAUUAAAGCCAUAGCAAAACUUUUUUCUGAUGUUCAGCUAAUUUAGGAACACGUUUUUCUUUGCUGAAUUGUAAGAGUGCGCGUGAGACAAAAGCAGUCCAACUCCUACGUUUCCCUGAUUGGCACGGGCACAGCGUCACGACGGAUCGCCGCACACACUCUGCGCUUUGCUAUCAGCCUGCACAAGUGUGAGGCCCGGCAGUGGUGGAUGGGGCAGGUAUGCGCUCCUGUGCCCACCUGGCAGGUAGCACUGCGUGGGCGGCCCGCACCCCGCGUCCCCCCGACGGAGUUGUAGGUGGGGGGAGGGGUUUGCAGGAGCUCCGCUAAGACCGGACACCCCUUCGCUUGUGCUGGCAGCCGCUCUCUAUCUCCUUCAGAUGUUAGAAAAGUCACUGAAAGCCAUAAGCUAUUGUUCCAGGGCAGUGUGUGCAAAAAAAAAAAAAAAAAACAAAAACUCUGAAAUGUCUUCAAAACUGCCUGUUUUUUAAGCAAUUGAAUUAAGUUAUAAGCAAGUGAUAAGAAACGGUGAUAUUUUUCUGUAUUAAUCUAAAGUGAAACAAACAUUUAACGAGAUUAAAAAAAAAAAAAAAUGCUACGAAACCUGCCAGUGGUGUUUUAGUAAGAAAGUUAAAUUACUGUGGAGUAACUUUAUUUUUUGUUUUUUUGGGGUUUUUUUUUCGUUUGUUUUUUUUUUCUCACACCCUCAUGACGUAAUAAGCAAUUUCAUCCUGUCAGGAUAGCACUGUAUAAAAGUUACACUAGAUUUUUUUUUCCUCCUUUCUUAAUUUAAGCAAUGUAGCCAGCAGGAUUUUCCAAAUCGUGUUGCAUGGGUUCUGUAAACAAAAGAAAACUGUUUUUUAUUCAAAGUUCAUGUAAGGUAAAUAAUGUAUUUAGCAUGGAGCAUGAAUUAUUUUCAUAUAAAUAUAGAUCCUAGAGAAAAAGGCUUUGCCUCUAAUUUUUAUGCCCAUAGGCCUAGAAUGUUUUG